AAAGGAUGUGAGUUUUACAGCUAGUUAUGAAUCUUUUUGAAUUUACUGACUUCUGCCUGACUCUUGGGCCAGCACAAUGCUUCUGCUGUUCAAAGAAAACCAGUCCAAAUUACCUAAGCGAGAGCUUUUUCAUGGUGAAAGGAGCAGCCCUCUUCUUGCAACAAGGAAACAGCUCCCAGGGCCAGCGAAGUCUCCAGCAUCCUCACAAACAUGCAGGUGAUUUGCCCCAGCACCUCCAAGUGAUGAUCAACCUCCUUCGCUGUGAGGAUAGAAUCAAACUGGCUGUCCGUUUGGAAAGCGUAUGGACAGACAGAGUCCGGUACAUGGUGGUUGUGUACAGCAACGGGAGGCAGGACACGGAAGAGAAUAUUUUGCUGGGUGUGGAUUUUUCCAGCAAGGAGAGUAAAAGCUGCACUAUAGGAAUGGUUCUUCGUCUGUGGAGUGAUACUAAGAUCCACCUUGAUGGCGAUGGUGGCUUCAGUGUGAGCACUGCUGGGAGAAUGCACAUCUUCAAGCCAGUGUCGGUGCAAGCCAUGUGGUCUGCUCUACAAAUCCUCCAUAAAGCCUGUGAGGUUGCAAGAAGGUACAACUACUUCCCAGGUGGGAUGGCCUUGGUCUGGGCCACGUACUAUGAAAGCUGCAUCAGCUCUGACCAGAGCUGCAUCAAUGAGUGGAAUGCCAUGCAGGACCUGGAGUCCACCCGCCCUGACUCUCCAGCUCUGUUUGUUGACAAGCCAACUGAAAGGGAACGGACAGAACGCCUGAUUAAAGCCAAGCUCCGGAGCAUCAUGAUGAGCAAAGACCUGGAAAAUGUGACUUCGAAGGAGAUCCGGAAUGAGCUGGAAAAACACAUGAAUUGCAACUUGAAAGAAUUCAAGGAAUUCAUAGACAAUGAAAUGCUGCUUAUCCUGGGUCAGAUGGACAAACCGUCUCUGAUUUUUGAUCACUUGUAUCUGGGGUCAGAGUGGAACGCCUCUAACUUGGAGGAGCUGCAGGGCUCGGGCAUUGACUACAUUUUGAACGUGACCAGGGAAAUAGAUAACUUUUUCCCUGGCUUGUUUGCUUAUCACAAUAUCCGGGUGUAUGACGAGGAGACGACUGACCUCCUGGCUCACUGGAACGAGGCAUAUCAUUUCAUAAACAAGGCCAAGAAGAAUCACUCCAAGUGCCUGGUGCACUGCAAAAUGGGCGUGAGCCGGUCUGCGUCCACGGUGAUAGCUUAUGCAAUGAAAGAGUUUGGCUGGUCACUGGAAAAGGCCUAUAAUUACGUGAAGCAGAAACGCAGCAUUGCAAGGCCAAAUGCAGGCUUCAUGAGACAGCUUCUGGAGUACGAAGGCAUUUUAGAUGCAAGCAAGCAACGCCACAACAAGCUGUGGAAGCAGCAGGCAGAGAGCAACCUCCCCCAGAGCACAGAUGGCACUGCAGGGUCAGGAGACUUCUUACUUGAGAGCUUGGACAUCGACCUUGAAAACCGGCUGGCUGACCUGGACACCCCAUCACAGUCAGCAUACCUGGACAACCGAGCAGGCACGGAGCUGCCCAUUGGCUUCAAUUACUGCUUCCGCCGCCUCUCGGACACACUGCUGGAGAACAAGGUGCCUGGGGACAGGGGGAGCUUCUGCCACGUGGAGCAGCUGGAACGGGAUGCGCUCACAGAGCGUGCGGCCUCGCUGGCGAGGCAGCCUCCUACUGUGCCUCCGGAGAUGGCCAAAGGCCUGGAGCCAGCAGAGCCACUGGCAGAGCUGAGCAGCUUCUGUGACAAGGAGGUGAAGAAGAAACGAGACUUCAGCCCUCGGAAGGCGAGGAUGGUGCUGGGCGCCGUGGAACCAGGGGAGGAUGGCAUCAGGGAGGAAAACCCAGUGGAGAAGUGGAAGCGGCGGUUGUCCAUGCACAAGGAGGAGAGCAGGCUUAAUAGGGAGAACUUGAAUAACAACAACAGCAAAAGGAGUUGCCCAGAGGAUUUUGAGCAUGAUGCUGUGUUUGGGAUCCUCAGUAAAGUCAAGCCUUCCUACCAGUCCUGUGCUGACUGCAUGUACUCCUCGGGCAGCCUGGCUCCAGACUCCUUUGGGGAACAGUGUGAGAAGCUGAACUCCAGCUCUGCACACCGCAGCUCCACCAUCUGUACGCAGCCAGCCCUCCUCUCCCACCUCCCCCCAUUGGGGGAGCACCUGCUCAGCAGGGCACGCAUGGAGGAGGGAAUUGGGACUAGAAAUACCGAGGCACUGCUUCCUCUGUCAGCAGGAGGCGGUGCUUUGGAAGCUGGUGCUUGCAAAUCAAUGGUUGCUCAUCAGUGUGGCUUUUCAGAGAAAGGAAAAGAUGCACCAGAAAUCCCUGUCAGAACACUGCAGCCCAGGAGAAACUCACACUGUGACAAGAGCCUGCUUAGCACAGAAGUGGUGAAAGAAGAGUCUCUGACCAGGAAAGAUAGCAAACCUACCAAGGACCUGAAGUACUUGUUGUUCAGUAAAGACUUGGAAAAACCAAGUGCUAACAGUUACUUGAUGCAGCAUCAGGAGUCCCUUAUUCAGUUGCAGAAGGCGGGCUUGGUCAGGAAGCACACCAAAGAGCUGGAGAGGCUGAGAAGCCUGCCCUCAGACACCUCACUGCUGCUCCGAGAGAGCGCCCUGGGCAGGGCAGAGCCCAGCAUUGCGGAGGAAGGUGAGGAGCUGGUUCCACAUCCCGGCCUCGUGCCCCUCCUGAGGCCUUCACCACCUGUACCCGGAGAUGCUGAAAGCGACCUGGAGAAGCUGGAGGUCAAACGCGUGCUGGAGGGGGGGACCUCUCAGAAAACCUCCACCCCCAUGGUGUGCAGGCUGGAACACACCAGCAGCUUCACCAAGGACUUCCUGAAGACCAUCUGCUACACCCCCUCAUCGUCCCGCAGCUCCAAUCUGACACGCAGCUCCAGCAGUGACAGCAUCCACAGUGUGCGUGGCAAGCCCGGCCUGGUGAAGCAGCGGACUCAGGAGAUCGAGACCCGGCUGCGGCUGGCCGGCUUGACUGUCUCUUCCCCUUUGAAGAGGUCCAAUUCUCUUGCCAAGCUGGGGUGUCUUAACCUGUCUUCCGAGGACCUGUCCAGCGACAUGGAUGUGUCGACCAUCACGGGCUCCAAGGAGGCCGUUUCCAGCGAGUCUUCCGGGCUCUGUGAGCCGCCCUCUGCCCCAAGGGGUGCAGAUGUUGGCUCCAAGAUGUCAGCCAAGCCGGCACUUGGGAACAUGAAGACUCCACUUUGGCUUGGCAAAAGCUGAUGCCUUCUGUGGGGGGAGUUGGGGGCUGGAUAUUUGUUGUUGGUUUUUUUCUUUUUUAUUUUUCUAAGGCAUUUAUUCAUUGCACCAAUCAUCUGACUUGCACCAUCAUCUGAUGCCACCUCUUCUUUCCCUCCUUGUACUCUUAAGUGAGGAGAAAAAAGAAAAGUAAUGGGUCAUGGAUGGCACAAGGGAAAAUAAAAUGUUUUGCAUGACUUAGAAGAGGACCGUGUGUGUGAAUCGCCUGUUGUCCUGCAGGAUGCUGUUUCUCAUAAUGUUUGCCAAGUAUAAUAAUGCAUUUGUAUAUGGAUAGAUACUUCCAUCUAUUUAUCUAUCUGUAUAAAAUGCUGAAUUGAGAGUCUCAACAAAACAAUUAGUCGUGACUUUUUUUUUUUUUUUACUUGAAAUGUCUCCUAAAACAAGCAAUUGUGGGAAAACCUUUAAAGCAGUGACACGAACGCUACCUCUGUUCCUGCCGACUUUUAAUUGUGGUUUGUUUGGGUUUUUAAAGGCUUUUCCCACCAUACUGACUGUUAUCUGAAGGUGUUCCCUUACUGUUAGCUGUGAUCUCCUGGAAGAGCAGUGCUGGGCUGUCCUGUACUGUGUGCUCUUGCUGUAACGUCAAGUGAAGGAGUGUGAAGCUGUGUUCGUACCGACUGUGAUCCAUUGGCGUUGACCUUUGCUGCAUGACCACGUGAAUCGUCGUCGUCUCCUGUUGGUGAUGGAGUGCAUCCAGGUUGUGUUGCUGUGGAAGGUUCAUCGUGUUCAGGUGGAGAGGUGCUGUGCCCUUUGGGUGUUUUUUUGCUGUUGUCUUGGUUUGUGAUGUCCCAGUGAUGAUGACCAACCAGUGAGUGACUGUGCACCGUAGUGAGUCUCAAUGUGUGAUGCUGUGUUGGUGUCGUGGGGACCCUUUUUGGGCUGCUGGUGGCACACAGGACAAUGAAGUUAUCCCCUACCUGGUGGGGAAGGGCGGCGCCUGGCUGCCUGCAUUCCCUUCACAGCGUGGAGCAGGCUGGGGUCAGACCAGAGCUCACAGGGCAGAGAUGGCAAACAGAUGCUCUUGGAACUCCCAGGCUGAGAAUGAGCCCCAAACCUCUAAAAUCCCUGUAGAGCCCUAUCAAAGCCAUUCUUAACGUUCCUCUCAUUGAGGUGAGGGAAAAGCAGGACUGUGAACUGUCAUUCUCAGCCCGUGUUCAUCAAAACCUCAAUGGCUUGAGAAAGGGAGCUGUGUGCUUUGCUUUCCUACAUGCCCAGAAUUACCUUUUUUCAAGACUGUACUUUUUUAUACUAGCAGUGUGAGGAGUUGGAGGGACUGGGAAUCAGUAAAUAAACGUCCCUCUUUAAAGGGUCUUAAAUUCCCCACGCAUUUUAAGGGCAUUUUUCCUGUUUCUCCCACGAACCAUCAUUUGAAGCAGAGCUCCUACACGUGGGGCCCUGGAGGAGACACAUGGGGCUCUGCCUCCUUUGGGGCUUGGGAGAACACGGGGCUUAUGCAGAUACUGAUGCCCACUGCCAUCAUCAAGAGCUUGGUGGUGCCACCAAUGGCACUGCCAUCAGAACAGGUGUGAUGUGCCAUCCCGGGGGGGUUUGUAGCCAAAUCCGUGAUGCUCACAGGCUUGGAUGUGUUGCAUGAGAAGGUAGAUGGUUUGCUUUUGUUUCCCACGUAUCGUAAUCGUUCUUUUACAAUGGAGUGCCUUAAGACUAGUUUACAAAUACUGUGUAUUUACGCUGAGCUGUUCAACUCUGCUGUUUGCUGUUCAUUUCUUGGUGCUUUCGGUGUAUCCGGUGGCAGUGAGACUGCUGCCACUUCCUCCCUCCAGCCCCGCUCACCCCUUCCCCAUUUCAUUGCUGCCCAGGGGGCGCGCAGCAAACUCCUGCCGCAACCCAACCCCAUCCCAAUGGAAGACCCCAAAUGGGGCCCUGUGCUCCCACCUGAUCCCCAUUGGGUUGGCUCAGCAGCUGUGGGAGGAGAGCGAGGGGUGGGCGCUGUGCUGUGUCCAGUGCAUCACUGUCCUCUCUCAUAACAACGUUCUUUUUAUUCCAUUGUAUUUCUGAAGUCUGGUUUUAUAUUUAAAUCAGCUGUAUCUUUUGUACUGUGCGUUGACGGUAGGGGAUGCAUAAUGCACUUUUUUUUUUUACUUUUGUUUGUACAAACGUACUGUAUAUUGUAUGUCCUUCUUGUGAGAAAAAUAAACUUUUUUUUUCCUUUUACAAA